CGGUUGGGUGCAAUAGAGUAAUGUCGGUCAAGGCAACACGUUGUGAUACCAGACCGCAGCUCCAUGCGAUUUAUUGACUUUGAACUGAUCUGGGUGACGUCCUACUCCACGCUAGUAUACCAGACAAAGAUAUCUUACGAGAAGGGAUUCAAACACUGACAUACAAUGGACAAGGCACAGUACGGUGACAUUACUGAGCUGGUUAAACAUAUUCUACAAAACCAGAAACGUAUAGCGGCCAUGAUGGAUGCCCUUGUGAACAGAAUCUCUUCAAUACUGGCGAAUGUCAUGGCUUCAGAUGAACAACAGGAAGCCUGGAGAAGUCACCAGCAAGACAGUCAACGGCAACUGCAUCAUCAUCUGGAUGAGCUGAGGAGCCAUUUAGAUGGACUAGAACAGAGGGUUGCCGCAUUGGAAAUCAGCCAAACACAACCUGAUUGGAACACGAAAUCACGGAAAACGAACACGGAAGUAGGGGAGCACAUUGACGGAACCCUUCCUGAAGAUUUGUCAGAAGCAUUGUCGAAUUGGUGUAGUCUAGAUUCCCCUGAGAGGAUGGAGAGUCCCGCAGAACUCUUGAAUCAGCAAGGUUCUUGUCAUUUCAAGGCUGUCACUCUUGCUAUAUUGUUUGCUAACCGCCUGGCUGCCUCAGAGACGCUGGAUAAUCGGGGAGAAAGACAAGGGCAUCCUGUAGAAGAAAAGCCAGGUGGUGAUCAUUUAAAAGCAACAGCUCUGGCCAUAGUAUUCAUGAUCAAGCUGAUGAAGGCUAAGGAACUGCCUCUUGUGCUGGACAGUCAAAGGGACAUAACUCCAGGCUCACACGAUUACAUUGAGACGCCCGACCGUGUGCUGUCAUGUCGUUAGAUGUAGAAGCUGUGAUUCUGUGAAAACUGAAACUAUGGAACAAUGACUUCAUGAAACUUUGUCGGGUUGCUUCCACGAAGCUGUUAGCUGUGUCAAACAGUCGCUAUGAAGUUGCUAGCUGAAAUACUGACUAUAUAUGGCAAACAAGCGCUAUGAAGUUGCUAAUUGAAAGUCUGACUGCAUUUGGCAAUCAAAUGCUAUGAAGUUGCUAAUUGUGAAAUACUGACAGUAAGUAAGUGGCAAACAAACGCUAUGAAGUUCC